CUCUGAUUCUAUUACUCAAAGCUGAUACAAAGCUAAAAUAAAUUAAUAUCAGCACGUGGGAUAAACCUUUCAUUAUAAAUCUGUCUGUAUGUAGUUGUAGUAUGCGCGACUUCCACUGCCAGUGCUGCAAUAGCUGUUUCUUUGGAGGUAGCCGCCAUUCACACAUGGUCAGCCGUUCACACAUAAUCCAGAGUGCAGCACUACUUCAAAAUAUUGUUAUGGUUCAUGAUGAGUGGGCAGUGCUCUUCCACUGAAUGCCUGAAUUGGGUCAUAGUCAGCACACACCAGCACCCAAACAGGGACCAACCCCAAAUAUAUAACAUCAGUAACUUAAGUCUUAGUGAGCCAAAGUAAACCAAAGGAAACAAAGAUGGAGAACUUCAGAACCCAUCUCCAGUUUCUGCUUUACUUCCUCCUCUUUCUUCAUUCUCUUCCCUUUUCAUAUGCCAAAUGCACUGAUACAGAGAGAGAAGCAUUACUUGCCUUCAAGACCGGCCUUACAGACCCUUCAGGCAGGCUUUCUUCUUGGCGAGGCGACGACUGCUGCAAAUGGGCUGGCGUCAAAUGCAGCAGCAACCAAACCGUCACCCACCUCGACCUCAAGAAUCCUUACCCUCAAGCAAAUGGCGGAAUCAUUGACCAAACAGCUUACAAAGCUUCCUGUUUGGCCGGCAACAUCAGUUCCUCUCUACUUCGCCUGCCAUCUCUGAGCUACUUGGACAUGAGUCUCAAUGAUUUCCAAGGCAAUGAAAUUCCUGCCUUCCUCGGUCAGCUCAAUGAUCUGACGUACCUCAAUCUCUCCUUCUCCUCUUUUGGUGGAGAAAUUCCACCCCAGCUUGGAAACCUGUCGAAGUUACAAGUCCUGGACCUCUACGCGGAUUCCUAUGGUGGAACUGCGGCAGCAGAACUGAGAGCAGAUGAUCUGAAUUGGCUCACCCGACUCGCUUCCCUCAACCGCUUGAACAUGGGAUUCGUGAGAAUCAACACGAGCAAUGGUGGAGAUUGGCUUCAUGCUGUGAGUAUGCUGCCAUCUUUGGUGGAGCUGAAGCUCCAGUACUGCCAGCUUCAAGUCCUUCCGCAAUCACUGCCCCUUGGUACCAACUUCCCCUCGCUCUCGGUCCUUGAUUUGUCAGACAACUCUUUCAAUGCUCCAAUCCCCCAGUGGCUGUUCAACCUCACCGGUCUCAGGGAACUAUAUCUCAGAUGGAACUUCCUCCAUGGUCCUGUACCCAGUGAGUUUGCAAGGCUCAAAUCUCUUGAAAUACUUGAUUUGUCCAACAAUUUGGAUUUCGGAGGCCAGAUUCCUGGGCUCUUUGGAAGUCUGCGAAAGCUGAAGGUGUUAGACCUUUCAGCUAAUGAUAUGAAUGGUGGAAUCCAGGAGUUCAUCAGUGGAUUUGCAGGAAGUCCAAGUAGCAGCUUGAUAUUUUUGGAUUUGAGUUCCAACUCAUUGGAAGGCCAACUGCCUGACCUGUUAGGAGUUGUGCUUCAUAAUUUGCAGCAUCUCGACCUUUCUAGCAAUAGAUUCUGGGGUUCAAUCCCGAAUUCUGUUGGAGAAAAGAUGUCCUCUUUGAAGCACUUGGAUAUUUCUUACAACAACAUGAACGGGAGCAUCCCAGAUAGCUUUGGGCAGCUUUCAGCGCUGAUUGAUGUGAACCUGGUGGAGAAUUCUUGGGUAGGGGUUCUGAAAGAAACUCACAUGGUGAACCUCAGAAGCCUGGAGAAUUUCAAACUGACCACGGAUUCGAGCAAUCAUUCGUUGAUUUUCAAUGUCCCGGUGAAGUGGGUUCCUCCAUUCAAGCUUAAGUCCAUCCAACUUGAAAACUGCAUCGUCGGUCCUUCUUUUCCUGCAUGGCUUCAAGUCCAGAACCAACUUACUUCUGUGACCCUCAGAAAUGUUGGGAUUUCAGACACCAUACCAGGAGAGUGGUUCUCAAACUUACCUUCUGAGCUCACUUUUUUGGUCCUCUCAAGCAACCAAAUCACAGGGAAGUUGCCAAGUCAGCAACUGAAGUUUCCAAGGCUAAGCACCAUUGAUCUCAGCUCCAACAAGUUUGAAGGUCCUCUCCCAAUGUGGUCCACCAAUGCAAGCAUCCUUUACCUUCAAGACAACAAGUUCUCAGGUCCAAUACCUCGGGACAUUGGCACGCUGAUGCCAAGAUUGCGAAACCUUCACCUCUCAGACAACACUCUAAACGGCACAAUUCCACUAUCCAUAUGCAAGAUGGCAGACUUGCAAGUUCUUUCUCUCAGGAACAAUUACCUUUCAGGAGAGCUACCUGACUGCUGGAGGGAUUUGUCAACGUCGUCCUUGUGGGUCGUUGAUGUUUCAAACAAUAGCUUAUCAGGUGAGAUUCCUAGCUCGAUGGGACUGCUGAGAUCGCUUGGAAUGCUGCUAUUGAGCGAAAACAAUCUGGUCGGAGAAAUCCCAUCUUCAUUGCAGAACUGCUCGGCAUUGACCAGCAUCGACCUUGGAGAAAACCAGCUCUCAGGGGAAAUACCUUCAUGGUUGGCCGAAAAUUUAUCGGCCACUUUUGUGCUCCGUCUUCGAUCUAACCAGUUCCACGGACAGAUCCCAGAAGCACUCUGCAAUCUCCCGCUGCUUCAUUUCUUGGACUUGUCCCACAACAAUCUUUCGGGUGGGAUCCCCAAGUGCCUGGACAACUUGACCGCUAUUGUCUACGGAAACAGCAGCGAGUUGUAUUAUCAGGAAACCAAGGUGGUGACCAAAGGGAGAGCAUACGAUUACAACCGGAAUCUAGCUCUGUUGAAUGUCAUUGAUUUCUCGGAGAACAACUUGAGUGGCCCAAUCCCCGAAGAGAUGACAAAGCUUCUAUCUCUUAGGGUUCUGAACUUGUCGAGCAACCAUAUCAGUGGAGCCAUUCCAGAGAAAAUAGGAGACUUGAAAGUCCUGGAAACGUUAGACUUGUCUCAUAACCAGCUCUCCGGGGAGAUCCCAGCAACCUUGUCGUCCUUAACAUUUUUGACGCAUUUGAUAGUCUCGUAUAACAACUUUUCAGGGAAGAUUCCAGCAGGAAGACAGCUCCAAACAUUUGAUGCAUCUUCCUACCAGGGUAACCCCUUCCUCUGUGGAUUUCCUUCCCGAGUUAAAUGUCCAACAGAAAGUAUAACAACAACAGCACCACCAACAACUGGAACAGAACCAGAGGACGAAGAAGACGAAAUCUUUGAAUUGGGUACUGGACUGUAUGUUAGUAUAGUACUAGGGUUCGGAUUCGGGUUCUUGGGACUCUGUGUAACUCUACUGAGAAAAGAGUUCAGGAAAAAAGACAUCGAAUGGUGA